CGGGCCCUGGCGGGGCGGGCCGGGGCGGGGAGCCGGGUGUGGGAAGCGUGGCGGCCCCGCCCCGUCUCCUGGACCAGCCGCGGCCGCCAGCGCCGCCGCAGCCGCAGGGACCGGCGGACGCAGCAAAGGCGUGCGGUGCGGGCCCGAAGUUCCCGCAGAAAAACCACACAUCUCCCCAGCCCACUAUGGCAGACGAAAUUGAUUUCACUACUGGAGAUGCAGGGGCUUCCAGCACUUACCCUAUGCAGUGCUCAGCCCUGCGCAAAAACGGCUUCGUGGUGCUCAAAGGACGACCAUGCAAAAUCGUGGAGAUGUCAACUUCCAAGACUGGGAAGCAUGGUCAUGCUAAGGUACACCUUGUUGGAAUUGAUAUUUUCACUGGCAAAAAAUAUGAAGAUAUUUGUCCUUCUACUCACAACAUGGAUGUUCCAAAUAUUAAGAGAAACGAUUAUCAACUCAUAUGCAUUCAGGAUGGUUACCUUUCCCUGCUAACAGAAACUGGUGAAGUCCGAGAGGAUCUUAAGCUGCCAGAAGGUGAACUGGGCAAAGAAAUAGAAGGAAAAUACAAUGCAGGUGAAGAUGUGCAGGUGUCUGUCAUGUGUGCCAUGAGUGAAGAAUACGCUGUAGCCAUAAAGCCCUGCAAGUAGACAGGACCGUCUGCACCAGCAGGUCCAUUAGGUCGGAUCUAGUUGUCCCAAAGCUAUGGCCUUCAUAAGCAACCUCACGUUUUAUUUUUGUUAUGUGUCUAUUGUUAUGAAAUUGUGCUGGCUUAGUUUUGCAGGCAGUUAUCAACUUUAAAAGAUUAUAUCAAAAUGUAUAAUUUUAUAAGUAUCUUUCCUAUAACCAUUCCUGUGGUUUUCAGUAUGUGACCAUAAGAAACAGAUAAAAUAGCUUCAGUAGAUGUCACUUGUCUGAGCAAAUAACUCCUGAAUCAGGGUUUUAAAUCAACAAUGUAGCAUCGAGUGGUAUAGAAGUUUCAUGCAUUUAAGUUGAAUUGCUCUUUGCUGAUUCCAGACUCAAUAUCUAGAAUUCAUAGAUUAUAAAAUGGAAUUGUCAAAGCUCCAGGCUCUGUGUGGCAAACAUACUUCCUGAAACUAAACUCAUCAAAAAAUGUCGUUAUCUCGGUGGCCGGGUGUCCUAUGUAUUACCUUCAUCAUGUUUUUCUUUGCCAAAUUGGUGACAGACCUCCAUAGGGGUUUUAGUACCUGUUGUGGUUGACAGAGGAAAUAAAACUGCUGGGUAGAUCUGAGCAAGUGAGCAAGUGCUAAGGAAGACAGGACAGUGGCCAAGGGGGCAGUGGGAUGGUGGGCUUCGUUUAAGACCUUUUCGUCAGCAUAAAAAAUAGAGUGAGCUCUAGUUGUAUUUUUGCCUCUGGCUAUGUCCCCAGCCUCUGCCCCAGCACCAAAAGGACUGGCCUUACAGGGACUCUGCCCGAUUUCCAACCAUUAUUUGUGGGUAACCCAACCCUGCCCACAAUUUUUUAAGUAUAUUUGUUUUUAACGUUAGAUAUACUUAGGAAUUCUUAAGUUGCUUUGGAAUUCUUGAUUUGUUAAAUGUCUCUAUGCUUUUCUAAAGUGAAAUAGAAGUAAAGCAUGGAAGAAGUAUUACCUUAUUUGAAAAUUAACUUAUUUUAAGUGUGUGUGUGUGUGUAUAUGCAUUUUUUAUUCUCUUGUCACUUCUGUUACUGAUGUAAAAUCUAACUAGGAAAGGAUUCUGUGAGCUGGAUUAUUUAAAUAUGUUGUGGGCAAUGCCCCUCCAUUUCUGUUUAGAUAUUUGGAUUAUAUGUAGACUGUGUCCAGAAUCAUAGACAUAGUUCUGGGUUUGUGAAGAACUAUGACAAAAUCACAAUCAUCGCAUUGGAGUGCAUCUUAGAACAAAAUCCUGUAGCCCCUGAUUCUCUGACCCUGGCUCUCUGGUCUCUUCCUUGUCUGCACCUGCAAAGUCCUGUGUUCCCGUCUAGACACACCUCUGUGACGUGCAGCUGAUCUGAUCAGUAGUGGGAAGAUUUUAGUUGCUUAAUUUGUAUGCAGUUUUAAAUUUUGUCUUAGCCUCCACAAACCAAUCCAGAGAAGAAGGAAGAUACUUCAAGAGAAGUUCCAGGAAGAGACUUCUAAAGCACAAGAAAUAUUCAAGUCAUAGCCAGUUGACUUUAGUGUGACCUUUUAGCUUUUGUCCAUGCAAAGCACAAUUAGGAAUUAGGCUGAAAUCUUCUCAAAUAUGUUCUACAUACUGCUUCAGAUUUCCAGUGUUUUUGUGUGUACCUUAGUUGUACUGAUUGGUGUGUUACUCACAGAAAUUCCAAAAAGUUAUUUCUACUGUUUCCUGGUCAUCUGGCCAAUUAAUAACCACGCUGGUGUUUUGAUUUCAUAUUACUUCAGGACUAGCAUGCCCCUGUUCUGUCUAACUCGUCAGAUUUCACAUGAAUCUCUAUUUUCCUUUUCAGAGUAAGAGUGAAUAGCAAUGUAUCUCUAGCUCCAUACCUUGAACCGCAAAAGCUACUUAGGCCUAAGUAUUUCAUGUUAAGUACUUUGUGAAGUGUACAUACUCCAGUAUGUAUAGAUUUUAAAGGUACAGAACUGUUUGUUUUCACAUUAGUCAGGAGAUGUUUCUCUUAGAGCAAAAUAUUUCAUUUAGUAAAGGGAAGCAAGGAACAUGUAUUUUCAACAUAAACCAGGAAUGGCUUCUUUGGACAUGAGAGAAAUGCUAACAGUCGUCCCCUGUCUUUGUCGUACUGCUGAGCAGACCUCAGUUUCACAAGCACCAUGAAGAGAGUGGAGACUCAUUGGAUGUCACUGCAAAUUCAUGUCUGGACAGUUGUCUUUCUUUGCUCUUUAGACAGUAUGAACAGGUUGAAUGUUUUCAUUCUAAAACAACAGACUUUAUUUCUACUGUGAAGAUUUUGUUACACUUGUACAGUCCUUUGCCCUCUGACGCUUGGGCCUUGCCUUGGCCUUCUAAUCCAUGAUGCCCUGGGGGGCUGCCAGUCACUUGCUUACCAACCAAGCUCUUGACUCUGUUCCCCUUUGUAGUACAGAUUUCUAUGCCAGUGCUUUAUAUCAGUGACCAAAACUCUUGAGGCCAGACGUGAUAUCUUUAGCAGAAGAUACUGCAAUAUGACAUUUAGAAUAUUUGGGGGCACAUGCUUUUCAUUACCGCAUGGUGUGUGUGUGUGUAUAAACACACUUAGCUCUGUUCUUUUCUCAAAGUCCUUCCAACUAUUAAAGUACUGUAGUCUGUAGUGCCUCAAAUGUUGGGUUUUUUUUAAUAAGUUUUCCAGAAUUUGAUGUUAUACUUCUAAGGUUUCCCAAUUAGAUUGUUUCUAGUUGAGCUGGAAUUUGGAUGCAUUGUUCUCAGGGCUGUUUGUGCCGUUAUUUUAAAGCUAGCUGUCUACAAACAGAUUGCAGGUUUUUCUUGUCAUAAUACUGUAAUACAUAUAAACAGAAAUUCUUGUAUAACAUAGUUAAGCUAUAUGGUAAGUAUUUAAGAAAAAUGGGAGCAUGAGUAGGAGUUGUACUGGGAUCUUCCCAGUGGUCUUGCCUUGAAAUAUUGUCUUUGGUGAUAUAUCUGUUAGUAUCCUUUUGGCAUGGACCCAAAAGAGGGUUUUGGAGCCAGACAUUGAUGCAGUGGGUCUCAGACACAUUCAAGAACAGACGUGAAAUCCCUAACUCUUUGGGUAUCUUAAAAUGUUUACAUAUUGAAUUCAUAUUUGCUAUGAGGAAAUGCAAAUCUCUAGUAUGGAAGCAAAGCUAUCAAAGCAUAUUUCCAUGACAGUCUAUUGUGCCGACGAACCUUCAAAUCUUGUAGUGUUCAGGUAUAAUGUUUCCUAGUUCUCAAGCCUUUGUCUCUCUUAGCAUUCUGAUGAGUAAUAGGCAACAAAGAUUUUUUUUUUAAUCUGUGGUAGAAAAAUCUUAAAAUUGAAUCUAUUAACUUAAAUCUAUGAAAUGUGUUCUCUGAAUUGGACAAACAGCAUUAUUAUUUGAUUGUACAGGGAACAUUGGAAUUUAGCAAUGGAGCACAGAUGUUCUGUGGGAACACAGUUUGGAGUCACUAUGUAAUUUAAUUUGUCUAUUAACUAAACGCUCAAACACCAACAUAACUACCCAGUGAGGUCAAGUGCCCGAAGAGAGCUGUAAACAUUUGAUAAUCUGUCUCCUUCAUGUGGGGCACAUUUUAGGGCAGUGCACACAAGCCAUCACCUGCUGGAAACACUUAUUGCCAAGUUUUUCCAUCACUACUGUUCACAUCUUAAAACAGAUCUGACCCUAUUAAGUAACAAGGGAGAUUAUUUAUAUGAAGUUCUUAGAAACCAUUUCUUGAUGUUGGUGGGAUUUGGUUCAUCUUAGUUUGAAACUGUACUUUUAAAAAUACUGGAUACUAAACUAUUCAGCAGUGACUGAAGAACCUAUUAAAGAGCAUAGCUGUACUCAUAAGCUGAUUCGUCAUCAUGGUUAAUCUAUAGCACUCACUGCUAUUAUGAAGUGUACUUCAAAUGACUGGUUCUAAACCACGACUUGAAAUGACUAGUUAUAUGUUAUCAUGGACUUUAUCCUCCUCCCAGAAGAAAACAGAUCAGAUGACGUUGUCUAAUCCAUUGGCACUUUGUUAGCCGUGGUUUUUUGUUGUUGUUGUUGUUGUUUUUGUCUGAAAUAUAGGAUACUCGUUGAAUUUACUUGUAAACUUUUUGGUUAGAACUAAAAUUGUAAGAUCUGGAUAUUAUAAUUGUGUGUUUUACAUUUUAAAAAUGAGUAAACUUUGAAUGUUAAAUCUACAGCUAUACUAAAAUACCCUUUAAAAUGCAGAAUCUUAUUAAUGAUAACAUUUUAUUACCUUAAAAUAUAUGUCUGUUAACUUCAUGUUAUAUUAAAUGAAAAUAAACUUAAGAGUGCACAAUUCC